AUGUUAUCUCUUAGUGAAUCACUUGAUUCGCCAUCACCACAUAUUCAUCAUCAACAGACAAGUCAAAAUCUGUUCAAUUCAUCAUUAAAUGCCGAACAAACUUCAGCUGAAUAUACAAAUUCGAAUGUUGUUUCUAACGAAAAUGUACUUGAUUUAUCAAAUGAAACUAAUCAAUGUUCUCUAUCAUUAUCAUGGAAUGUUGAAAGUAAUCCAGACGAACAAGAGACUUCAUUAAAUUUGAAUACUUCGAGUAAUACUACUACUAUUAAUGAUGCAACCCAAUUAUUACUUACUCGACUUGGAUUAAUACAACAACAACAAAUCGAAAGUUCAAAAGUCUUAGCUGGCAGUGCACCACGAGAAAAAGGCAAUGUUGAAUAUUUUACUCUUGUUUAUUUACAUUCUUCAUAUCCUGAUGAAUCAAUAAUAAAACAGUUUCGUAGUCUCGUCAAUUUCCUAAAAAUUUUCAAUGAUAUUGAUGAUUGUAUUGCAUUUAUAAAUGGCGUAUUCAAUGAAAAAGUUAUUUUUAUUCUUUUAAAUUCAUUUUCUAAAUCAAUUCUUCCAAGAAUUGAAGGACUUCAACAAAUUUUUAGUAUUUAUAUUUUAUGUGAAAGUGAUGAUGAAAUUAAUUUAUCAUUUCAACAGUUAAAAGUACAAGGUUGCUAUAAAAAUUUUAACGAUAUAUAUGAACAAAUAUCAAAAGAUAUACAGAAAACAACACGUGAUUUGAUAAUUUAUAUAAGCAUAUCAUCGAAUUCUUCAACUACACUUGACAUAACUUAUUUAUAUUGUACGUUAUUAAGCGAAAUAAUUCUUGAUAAAAAUGAGAGUAGAAAUGAUUUACAAGAAUUAAUUCAAUUUUCACGUCAAGAAUAUGAUGGUAACAAUGAUGAAUUGAAAAUAAUUGAUGAAUUUGAAAAAAAUUAUCAAAAAAAUCAAGCAAUUUAUUGGUUUACAAGACAAUGUUUUUUAUCAAAAAUGUUAAAUAAAGCUCUUCGUAUUCCUGAAGCUGAUAUUUUAUAUAAACUUCGUUCAUUUAUUCAAGAUUUAUGUCAACAAAUUGAAAAUGAAUCAGUAAAAGAUUCAAUAACAGUUUAUCUUGGACAAACAAUACAAAGAAAUGAUCUUGAUGAUUUAAAAAAUAAUCUUUUAAAUAAUGAUCUCAUUACAUUUCCUCAAUUUUUAUCUGGUUCAACAGAUCAAUUACGAGCUAUUCGUGUUGCUAAAGAACUUCCAGUUCAAUCUGAAGAAUAUAUACCAGUUAUUAUUUGUAUUGAUAUACCAGCAAAUUUAAAAUGUGCUAAUAUACGUUCACGUCGAUAUUCAAUUGAUAAUGAUAAUAAUGUUUUAUUAAAUAUGGGUAUUAUAGGACAUUUAAUCAAAGUUGAAAAAGAAAAUGUUAAUGAAAAUCAAAUUGCUUCUAUUCAUUUAACAUUAGUUAAAUGUGAAAAUCAGCAAAAGAUUCAACAAAUACUUGAAACUAAGCGAACGGAAAUCAAAAGUUUUUCUCAGCUUGUUACCGUAAUAAAAUUAAUGAUUACAAUGAAUCAAAACAUAUCAGCUGAACACAUGGUUGAAACAAUGUUUAAUGAUGAUACUUUAAAAGCAGAUAUAAAUACUCAGACUUCAAUAGCUGCUAGUUAUCUUGCACUUGCAACAUCACGUCGUAGUCAAGAUGAUUUUAAACGUGCUGUUGAAUUAUAUCUUCUUUCAUUAGAUGCAUUUCUUCGAUUUAUGUCACCCAAUACGUUAGAAUUAACUUCACUUUAUGGUAAUAUUGCUGGAAUGUAUUUACGUCUAGAUAAUUGUGAAAAAUCUCAUGAAUAUUAUCAAAAAGCACUUGGUGUACAACUUCGUUCAAACACUCCAGAUUUACUUACUAUUUGUAAUUAUACAAAUAAUAUAGGCAUUAUUUUGUCAAAACAAGGAAAAUAUUCCGAAGCUAUUAAAUCAUUUCAACGUACUUUAAAAAUUCUUGAACAAGUAACUGAACCACAUGAUAAUGAACUUGCAUUAGCUUAUGAUAAUGCAGGUGAUACAUAUCUUGUACAACUUAAAUAUAACGAUGCUUUAUAUUACUAUAAGAAAUCAAUUGAAAUUCAAGAACGUAUUGUACCACGUAAUCCUAGUACAUUAGGUUCUUCGUAUUAUACUGUUGGAAAUGUUUAUUUAAAAAUUGGCCGAUCUCAUGAAUCAUUGACUUAUUUAAAACUUGCUUUAGAAUGUCAACAAGAAUAUUUACCAUUAACACAUCCAUCAUUUGCAUUACUUUAUAAUAAUAUUGGUUUAAUGUAUUAUCGAGAAGAACAAUAUUCAGAUGCAUUAAAAAGUUAUUUUAAAAGUCUUGAAAUUGCAUCAAUAUCUUUACCAGAAAAUCAUUCAUUAGUUGGGAUAACACUUUUUAAUGUAGCACUUGUUUAUUCAAGUCAAGGAAAAUUGGAUGAAGCUAUAGAGAGCGUAGAAAAAUCAACUGAACAAUUUUUAAAAACAUUAUCACCUUCUCAUCCUGAUGUGGUAGAAAAUCGAGCAUAUAUUGAAUCGAUUAAACGAAAAAAAAUUCUAAAAGAACUUUUUGAUGAAGAUUUUGAUGAAAAUGUAACAAGUUUUUAA